CUAACCCUAAUUUUUUCCUUCUUCCUCAUCCUCCAAUGGUGAUUAACCAUAGUAGUCUUCUCCUCCUUUUCUUCUUCUCCACUCUAUUCAUUAUACCUAUUAAUAGCCAAUUACUCUCGUCGAUAAUCCAUUGCUCCGAUACUAGUGGUGAUCGAAACACCUACAUUAUUCAUGUCGAAACAGCUAAUGCCACUAAAUUUCUCGCCCGGGAAGCUCGAGAAAGAUAUUAUAGAUCAUUUCUUCAACCAUUGUCCUCUUCCGGUGAGCAACUUAUGUUAUACUCAUACAUGCACGCCAUUAAUGGCUUCGCCGCAAGAUUAACCGAAGCCGAAGUGAAGACAAUGAUGAAAAUGAAAGGCUUUGUUCAUGCACAAAAAGAUCAAGAAUACAACCUACACACAACUCACUCACCUGAUUUCCUAGGGUUACAACAAGAUCACUGUUUUUGGAAGGAGUCUAACUAUGGCAAAGGUGUAAUCAUCGGAGUUUUAGACACAGGCGUGAUGCCGAACCACCAGUCUUUCACUGGAGAAGACAUGCCUUUGCCACCGGCGAAGUGGAAGGGAAUUUGUGACUUUGAUAUACCAGUAUGCAACAAUAAGCUUGUUGGAGCAAGAGGGUUUCUCCGUGGAUGUAGAAAUUCUCCGGUGGAUGACAAUGGCCAUGGAAUGCAUACCGCAAGCAUCGCCGCCGGAAACUUUGUUGCCAAUGCUUCUGUCCUUGGUCAAGCAAAGGGCAAUGCCUCCGGCAUUGCGCCGAAAGCUCACCUUGCUAUCUACAAGGUCUGCUACAAGCAUUGCCAUGGUAGUGAUAUACUUGCCGCCAUUGAUCAAGCUAUCAGUGAUGGAGUUGAUGUGCUCUCUAUAUCAAUUGGCGGCAGGCCGGAUCCUUUCUACGAUGAUCACAUGGCAAUUGGCGCUCUCGCUGCUGUCGAAAAAGGGCUUUUCGUUAGCUCAUCGGCAGGGAACAUGGGACCGAAGGAGAGUUCCGUCGAGAAUAAUGCUCCAUGGAUGCUAACAGUUGGGGCAAGCACCAUGGAUAGAAGUAUUAGAGUGACUAUAAAGCUCGGCAACGGAGAAGAAAUCAACGGUGAGUCUGCUUACCAACCAGAUAACUUCCCUUUCACAAUGCUUCCUCUUAUCUUCCCUGGAGAGAAAGGAGUUGUAAGAGCAAAAACAUGCUCCGAUGGCUCCCUCGACGGAAUUAAUGUCCGGGGUAAGAUAGUUUUGUGUGAGACUGGCGGUGGUGUUAACAAUAGCAUCGAAAAAGGUAUGGUCGUUAAGAACGCCGGCGGCAUAGCGAUGAUUCUCAUGAACCAAGGAAAACAAAUGCUCACUGUGAAAGCUAGAGCUCAUGUACUUCCGGCAGCUCAGAUUAGCUAUGGUGAUGCUUUGAGGAUCAAAAAGUACAUGAAAGCUUCUCCAGUGGCCACUGCGGGAAUUUUAUUCAAGGGGACAGUGUAUGGAACUCCGGUGUCACCGAGCAUCGCUUCCUUCUCCGGCCGGGGACCUAGUGUUAUCAACAAUGGUGUGAUGAAGCCGGAUAUAGUUGGGCCCGGAUUGAACAUCCUCGCAGCAUGGCCAUCCCCCGCCGACUGCGGCGCAAUGCCAACCUUCAACAUGCUCUCCGGCACAUCGAUGGCCGCACCUCAUCUUGCCGGAGUUGCUGCCUUGCUUAAGGCAUCACACCCUGAUUGGUCUCCGGCUAUGAUCAAGUCAGCAAUCAUGACGACAGCCGAUGAAUUACGACGGGAUGGUAAACCGAUCUCCGAUGAGACUGGCAAUAGUACUAAUUAUUUCGCCACGGGUGCCGGCCAUGUCAAUCCAUCAAAAGCUAAUGAUCCAGGUCUUGUUUAUGAUAUCGACAUCGAUGAUUACAUAUCUUAUCUUUGUGGAUUAGGCUACAGUGAUCGACAAGUCUCUGCUGUGGCACGCCGUUACAUCGAGUGCUUAAGCCGGAAGGCGAUCACAGCCGAGGAAUUGAACUACCCUACAUUUACAGUGAGUGUGGCCUCUGAAUCACAAAAGACGGUCACAAGGACUGUGAAGAACGUUGGAGAAAACAAUGCUGUGUAUACGGUGCAAGUUGAUGCACCGGAGGGGGUGAAGGUUGAUGUAUAUCCGGAAAAGAUCGAGUUUUCGGAGAUUAAUCAGACGGUGGUGUAUGAUGUAUACUUCACCGCUGGUGAUACUAGUGACAGAAUUGGAUCAGUUUCAGAAGGACAACUUAGAUGGGUUUCUGGCAAGCAUGUUGUGAAGAGUGCUAUCACUGUUAGCUUUGUUUAAUUAGGGUUUCAAUAGGAAGUCUUCAGUUCCUUGUUUGUUUGAGAGAAAA